AUGAUAGAGAACACUCAGUCCUUAAACUGUGGAAGUAUUAUCCACGGUUUUAAGGUCACGCAGGUAUUUGAUAUUGAUGAAUAUCGGCUUACGGUUGUGCAAAUGCAUCACGAAAAAUCCGGCGCAAAUUUAAUCCAUCUCCUUCGUGAUGACCCAAACUGUACCUUUAGCGUACAAUUUAGAACUACACCAAUGGACAAUUCUGGCAUCCCUCACAUUCUCGAGCAUACUGUUCUCUGUGGUUCGGAAAAAUACCCCGUUCGGGAUCCGUUUUUCAAAAUGCUUCGUCGUAGUCAAGCUACAUAUAUGAAUGCACACACAGGAAGUGACCUGACUAUGUAUCCGUUGAGUACAAUGAAUUCUGUCGAUUUCCAAAAUCUCGUGGGCGUCUAUGCUGAUGCUGUAUUUUUCCCAAGUCUGAAUAAGCUGGAUUUUAUGCAGGAGGGCUGGAGACUGGAACCCGAAAACCUUGAAGACAAGUCUUCGAAACUGGUUAUAAAGGGCAUCGUUUAUAACGAAAUGAAGGGAGUGUUCUCCAACUCACUGAAUCUUCUCCAUCAAGUUGUGGAAAACAACCUUCUCCCAGUGAGCUACGGCUACAUUAGCGGUGGCCAUCCUGAUGCCAUUCCAUCUCUGAGUUGGGAGGCUCUGAAGAAGUUCUACCACGACUUCUACCACCCUAGUAAUGCCAACAUAUAUUCAUAUGGCAACAUUGACUUGGACAACUAUCUUCAGCAUCUAGAUUCCGAGUGUUUGGGGAAAUUCACCGCCCAGGAUCCCUCACCAACAGUUGUCCUUGAACCCAAGUGGACGGAGUCGGCUGCUUUAACAUCGCAGCCGAAGAAAACGUCGCUUCUAGACCCUCCACGUGUUUCCUUUCUUGAACAUGCAAAUGAGUGGUUAGCUUCACCGAAGGGCCACCGGUUGGUGCGCUUGACUUGUCAGCCCGACCCCACGCUGGCCGAUCCCUCGAGAGCUGGCGUCGUGUCUCUGAGCUUCGCUCUCACCGAUAUACUUGAAAUCUACACCAACUUUGCUCUUUCAAUCGUCUUGAAGCUUCUGACAGACGGAGACAGUGCACCCCUGUACCGAGGUCUUAUUGAAUCGGGUUUGGGUCUUGAUUGGUCCAAUCCGGUGCAUGGAAUGGAUCGGUACCUCCGCACUACCUGUUUCCACGUUGGCCUCCAGGGUGUGCGUCUUGAGGAUGUGGAGAAAAUCGAUAAAACAAUCAUGGACAUUCUCAAGGAGACCGCCAAGACAGGAUUUCCUCAAGAACGCGUGGAAGCCGUCUUGCACAAGAAAGAAAUCGCUAUUCGCGAGGACUCCGCCGACUUUGGUCUGCAGUUAAUUUUGGCCAUCUCGUCAGUCGUAAACCACGGCGGCGAUUUGUUCGCCCGCCUCUCCGUAAAGCAAUUGAUCAACAGGUUCAAGGCGGACCUUGCAACUGAUCCCGCCUUCCUUCAAAAACUCAUCUCCCAGUACCUGGUUGGCAAUCCUCAUCGCCUCACCGUCAUUAUGCUGCCCGACGACAAAUUUGAGGCCCUCGAAGCUUCCAAGGAGGCUGAGCGUGUGGCCAAGGCUGUCGGCAAGUUAACCGAAGAAGGGAAGAGGGAGGUUGUCAAGUUGUCUCGCGAAUUGGCAGCAGAACAAAAGCGGGAGGAAGACCUCUCCUGUCUGCCCUGCCUGACCCUUGUUGACAUCCCUCCCAAAUGCCGUCCCGAGCCGUUCACUGAAACUCAGAUGGGUGGGUCACCGUUGCAAUUGAAUGUGGCGCCGACGAAUGGAUUGGUUUACUUCCAUGCCCUCGCCAACAUCUCCGAUCUGCCUCAAGAGCUCUUCAUUUACGUCCCCGUUUUCGCCAGCCUCUUCUCAAAGUUGGGAGCGGACGGGCUGACGUACCAGGAGAUGGAUCACCUCCAGGAGCUGAACACGGGCGCUCUGCGCGCCACGCCACACGCCACGUCUGGCUUGGCCGAGGACUUGAAGGCCCCAUGUGCGCGGCAUCUGCACUUGUCAGCCUACUGCCUGGAGGAGAAGGUGCCCAGGAUGUUUGAAUUGCUCUGCAAACGUGUGCGUGCCAACGAUUGGCUUGAUUCUCUGCGCAUUCAGACCCUCGUGAACAUGCUGGUGGCUGGUGAUUGGUCUGCCAAUUCACUGUCUUAUAAUGCGCAUCGGCUUGCAAUGCGUCGGGCUUCGGCCAAUCUCUGCUCAACUGGCCGCAUGUCGGAGCUGUGGUCGGGCAUAGAACAGGCCGCGUUCAUGCGUCGGCUUGCCAAGCAGAUCACAAAUCCCAACGAAGUUGAGCGAAGUCGGGCAUUUGACGACUUCAUCGGCAAGAUGAAGGCCAUUGCGGACCACGCCCUGAAAUCCAAGCGACUCAGGUUAGUUCUGCAUCACAAAGCACCUCAAGUUGCGUUGAACUUGGAUAAUGUGGACCCUAGUCAUACCCGUCGAUUUCAACUACCAAGAAUGCGUAGAAUUUCCUUGCCGCCUUUUAGAUUCAGCCUUCACGGCGAGGAAAGCGGCUUGGCAUCGGCUUGCAAAUGUCUCGAAUCCUUCAUCGCUGAAGUGCCCAAUUCUGAGGUUGGAAGUGGUGAUGUCAUUGGCGCUCCCACGCCCGAUCCCUCUGAUGUCACCCAAAAUGUCUACGUCGCUCUACCCUACUCAGUCCACUACACCAGUCUCUCUUUGCCUGCGCCACACUACACCGCCAAAGAGUUCCCCGCUUACCGCGUAUUGUCUCACCUCCUUGACUCGAAGUUCCUUCACCCUGCUAUCCGGGAGCAAGGCGGUGCUUACGGUGGCGGUAGCAAGGUUUCUCCCGGGUGCUUCGCCUUCUACUCCUACAGGUAG